UCUACAACAAGAACUCUCUUCCCAUCUAGAUCUUGCUUUCUCUUUUAGCUUCAUACAAUAUGAAGGUAGUUGGUAGUACUGUUGGAGAGAAAAGAUAUGCACUUUUGUUAGCAGCAACGGACUCUGAGUACGUGAAGAAAGUGUAUGGAGGCUACUUCAAUGUGUUUGUUGCAGCUUUUGGGGAAGAAGGAGAGAGAUGGGAUUUGUUUAGGGUUGUUGAAGGAGAGUUCCCUGACAUGAAUGAGCUUCACAACUAUGAUGGGUUUGUUGUCAGUGGUAGCCCUUAUGAUGCUUAUGGCAAUGACUUGUGGAUCAUCAAGCUCUGCUUCCUCUUGCAGACUCUUGAUGCCAUGGAGAAGAAAGUUCUUGGAAUUUGCUUUGGUCACCAGGUUUUGUGCAGAGCACUGGGAGGGAAGGUUGGGAAAGCUAAUGGUGGGUGGGACAUUGGUCUUAGGAGAGUGAGGAUAGUGAAGGAAUUGUUACCAUUUAGUUUCCAAGGUGAGUUGAGUGGUGAAGAAUUAGUUCCAACUUCUCUAGCAAUCAUAGAAUGCCACCAAGAUGAGGUUUGGGAGGUACCAAUGGGAGCUGAAGUGAUUGCAUUUUCAGACAAAACUGGUGUUGAAAUGUUCAAAAUUGGAGACCAUGUUUUGGGUAUUCAAGGUCAUCCUGAGUAUACCAAGGACAUUCUUUUCAACCUCAUCGAUCGCCUUCUCAAUAAUGACUGCAUACAGAGAGAUUUUGCUGAAAAUGCAAAGCUGGGGAUGGAGAUGGCCGAACCGGACCGGAUUUGCUGGGAGAAGAUUUGCAAGAAUUUUCUCAAAGGAGAAUAGAUAUAUAUAUCUUGUGUUUUCCUAAUAUUGUUUCCUGAGACUAACCCAAAUAGGGUUAGUACAUGAGCAAGUCAAUUUAACUGAUGUAACCUUAUAUAUAUAUAAAGUCAUGCUGACAAUGAACUCCAAAAAUCUGUCAAAAAAGGUCACAAUAUAAUUAAUGAAAAUCAAUACAUAUUUUUUUUCUCUUUC